AUGAAGAACAGAAACGGGGGCAAAGUUUCACUCAGGUGGAUUUUGAUUCUGUGCAUUUUCAGCUUCGCACUUGGCACGCUUUUCAGCAACAGAAUAUGGGUUGUUCCCGAAUCAGAGGAUCAGAUCAUGCCCAUAAGACGACGACCAGGAGAUUUGGCUGCUAUUUCUGAUGACUGUGCAACAGACAAGGAUAAGGAGGAUCUGAUUGGAGAGUUUAGCGAAGCCCAUGAAGCAAUAGAAUCACUGGACUCUUCGAUAGCUAAGCUGCGUAUGGAGCUGCCUUCAACAAAGAAUUCCCGCAAGAUUGGGAACUUCGAAAACUUUAGUACCGUUGCUGUGCACCCGGGCAGGAUUGAGACGAGUAAAAAGACAUUUAUGGUUAUUGGUAUAAACACCGCAUUUAGUAGCAGGAAGAGGCGCGAUUCAGUUAGAGAAACCUGGAUGCCUCGAGGUAAAAGUUUACUUCAACUUGAACAAGAGAAAGGAAUUGUUGUUCGUUUCACGAUUGGCCACAGUGCAACAUCCAACAGCAUUCUAGAUCGAGCAAUUGACUCGGAGGACUCUCAGCAUAAAGACUUUCUUAGGCUUGAACAUAUUGAAGGAUAUCACGAGUUAUCAGCAAAGACAAAAGCAUUCUUUUCCACAGCAGUUGAAAAAUGGGAUGCUGAGUAUUACAUCAAGGUGGACGAUGAUGUUCAUGUCAAUUUGGGCACGUUGGCUGCAACUCUUGCUCGCCAUCGUUCGAAGCCUAGAAUAUAUAUCGGAUGUAUGAAAUCUGGACCAGUUCUUUAUCAAAAGAAUGUUAAGUACCAUGAACCUGAGUAUUGGAAAUUCGGAGAGGAGGGAAAUAAAUACUUUCGACAUGCAUCUGGGCAGAUCUACGCUAUCUCAAAGGAUCUCGCAAAAUACAUCUCCAUAAACCAGCCGAUUCUGCAUAAGUUUGCUAAUGAAGAUGUAUCGCUUGGAGCAUGGUUUAUCGGUCUUGAAGUUGAGCACAUUGAUGAUCGCAACAUGUGCUGUGGAACUCCACCUCAAUGCGAGUGGAAAGCACAAGCAGGUAAUGUUUGCGUUGCAUCAUUCGACUGGACCUGCAGUGGAAUUUGUAAAUCUGUGGAAAGAAUGAAGGAUGUUCAUGCCAAAUGUGGUGAAGAUGCUUCCACUCUUUGGAAUGCUCUUUUCUAG